AUGUGGUGGAGAAGAAGCUGCAGGCUAGCAGUGGCGGCUCCGUCGAGAUCGGCGGCGAGUGGUGGUGCGGAUGCCAACGAACAACCGUGUGGGCCCUCGGAGGUGGUGGCUCGUCGACGUCCGGUUCGAAUUUAUGGCGAUGGCUUGAGCAAUUCCAUGUUCGCGAGUGCUCAGUUUAAGCUCUGCCGAUUCGAAAUUUUCGACCAAACUUCCACAUUCCGUUAUCGUCAAUCUCAAUACAGAUAUCAGGGAUCUAAUUUGCGGUACGAAAAUUUACGUGUUGCUAAAAGAUUGCCAUUCUAUCGCUACUCUUUUGAUGCUGAUUAUUUAUCUGUUAUCAACAUGUUUUCCCAUCAAUUGUUAAUCUGUUCUUUGCUUAGGUGCCCAAAUCUUCUAGUUCUUUCCAUCAAGAGCAGCCCUCACAUCACAUAUGCAAUUAUGACCAAAUUAGCAUCUGGUUUCCCCAAGCUUAGGGAACUCGACAUCAACUACUCUUAUGAAAUAUCCAGCAAAUUAAUAGCUCUUAAAGGAUCUCACUGUACUGAUCUUAUAAUGCUAAAGCAUAAACUAUUGAACUGGUUGGACCCUUCAGAACAUAUGGGAAUUGUAUCUAUUGAGCCUCACUUGAUCUCAGAAGGGUGUCAGAAUCUGGAGUACAUUGAUCUAUUUGGAUGCGCUAAUCUAGCUAGUUGGGAUAUUACGAAUGCAAUUACAAAUUUUAAGAACCUGAAAGAUAUCAGGGAGCCAACUUUUACAUCCCGAGAUCAGUUUUUCAUGCCUAGAGAUAUGGUCACCGGAGAUUGUACGAUGAGAGGUUCCAGACAGACUUGUAUAAAAAUCGUCUUGCGCGGAGGCGGCCAACAGCCACUUCCCGAGAUUCCUCCUCGCCAUAAUCCCUCUACCGACGACGACCGCCACUGCCUCAACAACAGA